AUGGAGGACGAACAGCAGGAUUUGCGGGACGUGGUGAUCCAGCUCAGAGCUCAAAAUGAACUGCUUAGACAGGAACUGUCUGCGCAAGCGCACCCUCCAAGCUCUGUUUCUGGCUCCUUUGGGACCUCUGUCCCUUCUGGGUCUGCUGGCCCUUCUGGUACAGUUCCCGAACGCCUCCUCUACGUGCCCAGAGAGAGGAAGUGCCCUGUGUUUAGUGGGAAUGUGGGUAUGGGUAUAGUAGAAUGGGUUGAAGAGCUACAGACCCCUCCCAAGUGGUCCCGGCCUCCUAAUAGUGGUCCUCUGAUCUGUAGACGUUGCCAACAGCCAGGGCACUUUGCCAAAGAUUGUGACAAUGAAAGGGUCACUUCUCAGCGACAGCACCCCCAGUCACGUCCCAUACAAAGUGGGUAUGGGGGGAGUGAAGAACUCAAAGCGGCUAAUGGGCUUCGCAUUCCAUAUGUGGGGUAUGUAGAGCUAGAUGUUGCAGUAUUGGGUAAAGUCAUUGCCAAGAGGGGGAUUCUUAUUGUAAAGGACCCCCCUGGGUCCUCCCCUGAGACUGAUGUCCCAGGCAUACUGGGCAUGAAUGUAAUACAGCCAUGCUAUGCAGAGUUGUUUGGUCAGUAUGCUUCAUCCCUGUUUGAUACCCCCCUUGUGAAAGACGCCCCCAUGAUGUGGAGGAGGGCCCUCCAGGAGUGCCAGGAGGCUUGGCUCAAGAGGCCAGCACAUGACAGCGGAGUUGCCAGGGCUUUAUUUGAACCUUUGGCCAACCAUGAUGCCCUCCCCUCAGGUUUGUUAGUGUCCCCUGCCAUGGUGACAGUGCAUCAUGGCACUGCAUACAUCCCAGUGGUGAAUGUUGGUGCUACUGAUGCUAAACUCUAUCCCCGUUGCGCUCUAGGGAUGCUGAACCAGGCCCAGAUAGUGAGCAACAUUUCUGAUACUUUAGAGUCCCUUGACCUAAGUAAUGUUCCAGAGGCAGAGCAGGCUAAGAUAAGGUCUCUGUUAAUGAAACAUCAGUCUGUCUUUUCUGCAAUUGAAGGGGAUCUGGGGUGUACUAAUCUCAUUGAACAUGAGAUCCCACUGCUGGACGAUGUGCCUGUGAAACAGAGGUAUAGGAGAAUCCCCCCCUCAGACUAUGAUGGUGUUAAGGCCCAUAUUAACCAGCUCUUAGAGGCCCAGGUGAUCAGAGAGAGUUGCAGUCCCUAUGCUUCCCCCAUAGUCCUUGUGAAGAAAAAAGAUGGCAGCCUGCGGAUGUGUGUGGAUUAUCGUCAGCUCAAUAGCAAGACACGUAGGGAUGCCUUCCCUCUUCCCCGGAUAGAGGAGUCUUUGGAUGCUCUGUCUGGGGCACAGUGGUUCUCAACAAUGGAUUUGGCCAGUGGCUACAACCAGGUACCCGUAGCCAAAAAAGACAAGGAAAAAACAGCUUUCUGCACAUCUUUUGGCCUUUUUGAAUUCAACCGCAUGCCAUUCGGCCUCUGUAAUGCACCAGGUACAUUUCAGAGGCUGAUGGAGCGAAUCUUUGGCCCUCAGCACUUUCAGACACAGUUAUUAUACCUGGAUGAUGUGAUUGUGUUCUCCUCCACAGUAGAAGAACAUCUGGAGCGUCUUGACACAGUACUGACUCGUCUUCAACAUGAGAACCUGAAAGUGAAGUUGGAAAAAUGCUGUUUCUUCCGCCCAGAGGUAAACUAUCUUGGUCACGUGAUCUCCAAAGACGGAGUGGCCACAGACCCCGGAAAGAUAUUAGCAGUGUCAGAUUGGCUGAGGCCAACAGGUGUGAAGGAGUUAAGGUCAUUUUUAGGUUUCUGCAGUUAUUACUGACGAUUUGUGGGGGGCUUUGCGAAGAUUGCUACCCCUCUGCAUCGCCUGGUUACUGAAAUGACAGACUCUCACACAAAAAGAGCAUCUCGGAGAGUAAUUGGGGAACUUUGGACUGAAUGUGAGGAAAGCUUCCAGAACCUUAAGGCCAGAUUAGUUAGUGCCCCUGUAUUGGCCUAUGCUGACUUUUCUCUGCCCUUCAUUUUAGAAGUGGACGCCAGUCUCAGUGGAUUGGGGGCCGUGCUGUCUCAGGAGCAGAAUGGUAAAGUGAGGCCGGUAGCAUAUGCCAGCAGGACUCUGACCCAGUCAGAGAGGAACAUGCCCAACUAUAGCUCCAUGAGACUUGAGUUCCUGGCCCUGAAAUGGGCCAUGACUGAAAAGUUUCGGGAGUAUUUGCUGGGCCAAAAGUGUGUGGUUUGGACUGAUAACAAUCCAGUCAGUCACCUGAACACUGCAAAAUUGGGGGCCACUGAACAGCGGUGGGCAGCCCAGUUGGCAGCAUUCGACUUCUCCAUCCGGUACUGUUCAGGCCGCUCUAAUACAAAUGCUGACUCCCUCUCUAGGCAACACCAAAGCGCUAACCCACCCCUAGAUCUGGGGACUGUCCUCCCUGGCACGGCCCUCCCAGAGUCCCUGAGGAACCAAAAGGCUAAACAGCCACUGCAGGUAACUCAACUGUCGACGUCUGUCCUCCCCUCUUACACUUCAAAUCAUCUUCUCACCCUUCAGCAGGCAGACCCGGUGUUGGGGCCCUUCCUCCAGUUUUGGUGCCGUAACUCUAUUCCUGACAAGGCGGAACGUCAGACCCUCUCUAAAUCAGUUCGGGAACUGGUACGUCAGUGGAAUUGUGUGGUGGAGAAAGACGGGCUUCUGUAUCGCCGCAUCCUCCGCCCAGACGGUGGGGAAGAAAUCGACCAGCUGUUACUACCCGCCUCUUUGAAAGAAGAAGUCCUCCAACAAUUACACCAGGGGCAUGGACAUCAGGGAGUGGAGAGAACCAUCAACCUGGUCAGACAGCGGUGUUAUUGGCCAGGUUUGUAUAAGGAUGUGAAAGACUGGUGUCAGAAGUGUGACCGUUGCACCCUGGCCAAACCGGUACACCCUGCUGUGAGAACACCCAUGGGUCAUCUGCUGGCUUCCCGACCAAAUCAGAUCCUAGCCAUCGACUUUUCCCUAUUAGAACGUUCUCGCGAUGGAAGAGAACAAGUUCUAAUCAUGACAGACGUCUUGACCAAAUGGUCAGUGGCGGUCCCAACCCGGGAUCAGCAGGCAGCAACUGUGGCUCAGGUCUUGCUGACCGAAUGGUUCUUCAAAUUUGGUAUUCCAAGUCGUAUUCAUUCUGACCAAGGUCGAAGCUUUGAGAGCUCCUUGAUUCAACAGCUCUGUCGCUUGUAUGAGGUAGAUAAAUCGCGAACCACUCCUUACCAUCCAGUCGGCAACGGGCAGUGUGAGCGAUUUAAUAGAACUCUUCAUGAUCUUUUGCGGACGUUGCCAGCCUCCCGGAAGCGGGAUUGGGUUUCUUGUCUCCCGCAGGUGUUGUUUUGUUGUAACACUACACCACAUCAAAGUAUAGGAGAGUCGCCUUUCUUUUUGAUGUUUGGACGAGAGCCUAGGCUUCCCGUGGACUUCCUUUUGGGUCGGCGAAUGAUUGCCAACUCUGCCUUCACCAGAUCAUUUGGCAUCAAGAUGUUCCUGUGUUUUAUUGCAGUCUUUGAUCUCUUUACUCGAAUAUUUACACAGGCCUUCAAACAUUUUCUUGAACGACUGCGCUCCAACAAGAUUCCUUUCAGCCGGAGAAACCACGCCACUGACACCUUGAGCUUUUUCCAGUCUGAGAACUACCUUAAUUCAGCUAAGUUGGGGGCCACAGAGCAGCGGUGGCCGUCCCAACUAGCUGUCUUUGAUUUUGACAUCAGGUAUCGCUCCGGGCGCGUCAAUAAGAACGCUGAUGCUCUCUCCCGGCAGUAUCUGGCUGAACAUGUGCUACCUGGGACUUCAGUCCCACUGCUUUUCCCACCAGCUUCAGGCACAGACCCAGUGGUGCCUGCUGUCCAGUCGAUGGUGUCUGUCUUUUGGGGCCAUUCCCCAUUGGACCUCCGUUCGUUGCAGGAGGCUGAUGCUCUUUUGUGUGACCAUUUUCUACCCUUUUGGAGGAAGCUGGCUAAGCCUACUCAUGACGAGAGGCAGCAACUUCCCACUUCUGCAUUGACACUCCUGAAACAGUGGGACCGCUUGGUUGAGCAGGAGGGUGUAUUGUACCGCUGGACGUUUAGUUCGGAUGGGGGGGAGGAGUACCUCCAGCUUGUCCUACCUGCUGUUCUUAAGGAGGAAACACUGACUCAGUUGCACCAAGACCAUGGUCACCAGGGCAUCGAGCGCACCACUGAAUUGGUGCGGCAGCGCUGCUACUGGCCGGGGAUGUCUGCCGACAUCAAGCAGUGGGUCCAGACAAGGACUCGGGGUCGAAGCUUUGAGAGCUCCUUGAUUCAACAGCUCUGUCGCUUGUAUGAGGUAGAUAAAUCGCGAACCACUCCUUACCAUCCAGUCGGCAACGGGCAGUGUGAGCGAUUUAAUAGAACUCUUCAUGAUCUUUUGCGGACGUUGCCAGCCUCCCGGAAGCGGGAUUGGGUUUCUUGUCUCCCGCAGGUGUUGUUUUGUUGUAACACUACACCACAUCAAAGUAUAGGAGAGUCGCCUUUCUUUUUGAUGUUUGGACGAGAGCCUAGGCUUCCCGUGGACUUCCUUUUGGGUCGGGUCCGAGACCCUGAGCCAGGGGAAGUGCAGGACUGGAUGACAGAACAUCAGGAAAGGCUCAAGGUGGCCUUCGAUAAUGCUCGUGAGAGGUUGUUGGCUGCUGCAAGCCGACGGAAAGAGCGGUAUGACCAGCAUGUUCGGGAUGUCCCUCUGCAGGUGGGCCAGCUGGUUUAUCUCCGAGAUCGUGGUGUUAGGGGUCGGCACAAGUUCCAUGAUAAAUGGAGCUCAGUGAUUUAUCACGUGCUGAAAGUCCCAUCAGGCGACGGAACGGUUUAUACCAUUGCCCCUGUGGAAGAGCUGCAUAGGGCUCGGCAGGUGCACCGAGACAUGCUGAAGGCCCAGGUCCUGUCCAGUGCUCGCCCCCUAGAGUGCCGUCUCCACCUGCUUCAGCAGCACUGGCAAACUCCGGUGAUCCGUCUGGAGAUGGUGAGCUAUGGCUGCUGGCCCGUGAAACUUCUGCAGUUGUUGCCAUUGAGGCCCCAGUCCAACCCUGCUUUAUUGGGCUUAAUGCGACGGCCCCAGCAGACGCUCAGCCUGACCCAGGCCCGAGUUCGGCACAGGAACGUUCCCACUAGUAGUCAGCCCAGCCCCUCUCAGCCAGCUUUGCGUCGAACUGGUCGUUCCAAUGCCGGCAAACAUUCCAAUGUUCAUCGUCUUCCCCAACCUGUUGCCUAA